UUUCUGCCCCCGCCCUUCUUUCCUUCCUCCCUUGCUCUCUUGCUUCCUUCCAGCUGGGGAGGCUUGUCUUUCGGCGUGAUCGCGGAAGGAGAAGGCGGUGGCCGAGAAGGGACAUCCAGGCUUCCAGGAAGCCAAGCCUGUGUGGCCAUCUCAUCCCAGCGUCCAGCAGAAGGAAGGAAGGCAGGAGCAGGGAGGAGCAGCCCAGCCAAAGCCUGGCCUCUUAAGCAACACCCUAUUUACCUUCCCACCGCCAUGCAUUGGGGACCUCCUCCUUGAAUCUCUCUUUUUUCCCCUUCCACUUCCUUCUUUCCUUUCCUUUCCUUCCUCCCUCUGGGCUGAGCAGGAAACUCCCUCCUUUGCUGACCCUUUGGUUGCCUUAUUCCUCUCUAGGGAAUGAAAAAGACAAGAUUUGAAUAAACUCUACUACGCUUGAAGAAGUUACUUUUGCAGGAAGACAUUGUUUCUGUCUGAAUUAGAGGGAACAAACUCAAUUGUUGACAUAGGACGAAACUUGUUGUCUGGGCCAUUUUGACCUUAAAGGAAGCCAGCCGGAAGGAGCGAACAUCUCAACCCUAAAGACUGGAAAAUAAUAAUAAUAAUACACAUUCCUGGAGACUUGAGAUAGAUAUCCUUCUGGAAACCUUUUGGGGAAACCAACAUCCUGGAUCUUGAUGCGGACCAGACUUGGCAUGCUUGAUUCUGUGCCCCAUUUAAGUGCCAUGAGGCUUUGAGGCUGAAUUCUCCCACUGGGAAGCGUGGAAAAGCCCUGAGACUGAAAAAAAGGAGGAGGAAUUGCCCAGCAUAUGAAUGGCUGCCAAGGAUUAUGACCACUUGUUCAAACUACUCAUCAUUGGGGACUCGGGGGUUGGGAAAAGUAGCCUAUUACUUCGCUUUGCAGACAAUACCUUUUCUGGCAGCUACAUCACAACAAUUGGGGUAGAUUUCAAAAUUCGCACAUUAGUGAUAAAUGGAGAGCGUGUGAAACUGCAGAUCUGGGACACUGCAGGACAGGAGCGCUUUCGCACCAUCACCUCCACCUAUUACCGUAACACUCAUGGAGUCAUCAUUGUGUAUGAUGUGACGAACGCUGAGUCCUUUGUGAAUGUCAAGCGUUGGCUACAUGAGAUCGGGCAAAACUGUGACAGUGUCUGCAAGAUUUUGGUGGGUAACAAAUGCGAGGACCCAUCCCGGAAACAGGUGGAAACAGCCGAUGCUCGGCGGUUCAGUGAUCAGAUGGGAGUGCGGCUCUUUGAAACCAGCGCCAAGGAAAAUCUCAACGUUGAAGAGAUGUUCAACGCCAUCACGGCCAUGGUGCUCCGAACCAAACAGGAAAACCUGGCACGUCUCCAACAGCAGAACGAAGUCGUCAAAAUCAACAAACCCAAAAAGAAACCUUCGGUGAAGAAAUGCUGCUGAAGGGGCAAUCUCUCUCUCCCUCCCUCUGUCUAUAUUCUUCCUCCUCCUCACCUCCUUCCCCUCGGCCCCCAAUUUUCCAAAAGAGCGGACUGUGGAAGACUGAAUGGAUUUAAAAAGUAGUUGCUGUCUGUUUUGUGUGUGCAUGGUGAGGAGUGGGGUGGGCACAGGAAUCUAUGUGAAUGAUGUCCCAAACAUAGGAAUUGCACUCCUUUUGCCCCAGACACUGGGAAAAUUGAGUUGUUGGUGCAGAAAACGCUACAGAAACAUUGAGAUCUCUUUUUGGAGGUAGUGAGUCCUGUUCAUGGAAGGAGUGUUGAAUGGAGCACAUCGAGGACCAGUAAAAAUAAACUACUGAAAUGAAUGGGAACAAGAUGACUAGAAGGAUGUGGGAUACAGAUGAGUUAGAGGUGUAGUUCUCUUCCCCUUAAAUCCUCUGCCAUUUUGCCUGUAUAGACUCUUCUCGUUUUGUUUUACUUCUCACAUCCCUGUCCCGUGUUGCCAUGUUACUGCAACACACACACCCAUUGUUUGGGUUCCUUUAAGGAGAUGUACAAGGUGGCUAUUGACCAGGUGGCAAUAAUUCCCUGCUUUAGACCUAUGCCUGUCACAGCAAAGUAUAAGCUGAAACUGGGUAAAUCCAACAGAAGAUGCCUCGACUUAGCAAUACUAGGAAUUUUUGCCAUUUUCUUCACCUUGCUUGUGCUCAACAAUGGGGUUCAGGAGAUAAGACUUUGUGCCUGGGUUAGGAACUGGGAUGAUGUUCCUCUCCCAUCAUCCUCCAUAGGAUUGUCCCAUCCUCUUCCUGAUCAGCCCUGUAAGUCGUGCAGAGAAUAGCCAUGUGCAUCCAUGUUCUCAGAGAGAUAUGCUUGAAGAAAGCAUCUCUUGGCAAGCCCUCCAUGCGACUUGUGUUUGGGCUGCUCUCCGUGUCUGCCCAUCCUCCCUUCCUGAAACUUAGGAACUAAUCAGAAGCAGGGAGGUGUCUGCUCCAAAUGAGGACCAUGAAACGAUCCCUGGGCUCCACCCUAUGAUUCAUUCCCCAAAGGGUGGGCGCAGCAGGGGUUGAAACUCUCCUUCUGUUAUCUUUCAAUAUGGGGACCUUCUGACUGUGCAAUAUGUCGGCUUCAUGAAUUAUUUUAUAUACACAUAAAUGAAUUAUGUACAUAAUUAAAAGUCUUGUUUUAACCCACUGCUAAUGGCAUUAAACAUUAAGGAAGACACCACUAUUCAAUAAAGAAAUUUAGAUACGAA